GCAGCUUUAAUUGCAGGGCAGAGAGAAAAGCCAGCGAUGGCUUCGCUCAGGCAGGAGCACCACUACGGGCUCUCCUGUGGAAAAAAUAACAAAAACAGCCCCAACAGGACCCUGUACCAUGUCAAGCUCACGGACACGGCUAUCAGAGCUCUGGAGGCUUACCAGAACCUCAAGGUAUCUUUACCAAGUGAACCCUCCAUUUGUUUCAAGGGAAACCAAGGGUACAUCAAGAUCCCAGCUCCCACACCAGAGUCACCCUCUGCUCUUCGCGUCUUCUCCUUCUACCUAUCCAGCGACAGCAAAGACCAACCUCAAGCGAGCUUUGACUGCAUCCAUCAAUAUGUUUCAAGUGAUGGCCGCGAACAGCUGGAAGGUCAAGGUGUCAUCCAGGACAAGAUCACAGUGUGUGCCACCGACGACUCCUACCAGAUGACCCGUGAGAGGAUGUCUCAGGUGGAGAAGGACAGCUGGAGCCGCUCCGCCAUUGAGAUCAAACCUGGAGCCACACAUCCAAGUAAAUGUGUGAAGUACCAAAAGAGGCCGGCUCCUCUGUCUGCGUCAGACAGCAGCUUCCAUAAGCAGUUCACCAACAACCGGAGGAACGGCGGUAUGUCCACACCGACCCAGAAGCCCUUGAGGGAGCGCAUCAUCCACCUCCUAGCUCUCAAGCCCUACAGGAAACCGGAGCUGCUGCUGUGGCUGGAAAGAGAAAGAGCAGGCCCCAAGGACAAGGCCGAGCUGGGUGCCAUACUGGAGGAGGUGGCUAAAGUGAAUCCCAAAGACAGCAGCUACCUGCUGAGGGAUGACUUCUACAAGCACGUGCAGAGAGACUGGCCAGGCUACAGCGAGGAGGAGAGACAGCUCAUCAGCAGGCUGCUGGCCAGGAAGUUGCAGCCACACAUCAGCCACCAAUCAAGGAAUCUUCAAGCAAAUGUGUCGAUGCUGAAGACCUCAGACGAUACAACACUACAUCACAGUACAGCCAAAAAUGCUGCAGUGAAACGUCCCAUGCCUUCUGACCCAGUGGACAGUCUUGCUGUUAAGAGACAAAAACUUGUGGACCAGAGGUUGCAGCAGCAGCCCGCAGUAAACGGACUCUUAAACAGUAAAGGGCACGACAUUGCAGCUCCCACCCUCAACCCCAGUUUCCACACAAAGACUGAGUUUCAACGGACAAGUAACCACACUGGCAACCAAAAUGGCUUACCAGGGGGCCACAGUGGCUUUCCUCUAAUGCACAAACUGUCUAACACCUCUGACACAUGCGUCUCAGAGAGCAGAGAGAAAGAACCCAAAGUAAGCAGCCACCAGCCACCGCAGGGUGACUCUGACUGCUCGUAUCAGCAGCACACCAGCAGCCAGCACAGGAAGAAGAAAUCUAAAAAGCACAAAGACAAGGAGCGGGAGUGGAUCAAAGAUAACAAGGGCAGUGAGUGGUUGGAGACGAGUCCUGAUCUCAAGCAGAACCCAGACAAACUUGACAAUCCUGACAUCACAAACGCUGUGGCCUCUGAAGAGAAGCCAGAUUAUGUGCUCACAUACGGCACCAUCAUGAGUUUGGAGCAGCGCGAGAGGUACCAGAAGGAUUUCUGUGCAGAGUAUGAUGAAUACAAAGACCUCCACUCACGGAUCGCCACCAUAACUCACAUGUUUGUUCAGCUGGGAUCCAAGAUCAAAAGCUUGUCCCCCGGCACUCAAGAAUAUAAGAUAAUGGAAGACCAAAUACUAGAAAAGUACAACAAGUAUAGAAAGAAGUUCCCAGGCUACCGGGAAGAGAAGAAACGCUGCGAGUAUCUCCAUGAGAAACUGUCCUACAUCAAACAGCUCAUCAUAGACUAUGAUGUCUCUCAGGCUUCUUCUUCAUAGCAUUGGCUCUCCCCUUUAUCAGAUUUUUUUUUUUUUUUUUUUUUUUUUUUUUUUCAAAUGGAGCCCCCUUCUUUGCAUAAAAGGUGUCAAAGUGGUCCUACCUGAGAUCAGAAUUACAGAUUCUGGAUGACACUGCAUACAACGGGGACUGCCUCUGCUGGGACCACAGAUGAUGCUGCAAGCACCAAUAAUAUAAAUCAGUAGCAGAUUUCACUCUGGUGUUUGUAAGUCUAUUUGUUUUUGAAGAUUUUAUUUCUUAUGAGAUAUCUUGUUAAUGUGAAAAAUCCAAGGAAGAGGCAAAAAAAAAAUCUUGGAAAGCGUCUGUGCACAUCAAGUUGCCAUGACAGACCAAUAGUUUUUGCCAGCCUUGUUAAAACCAGUGUCAGCGUGAGUCAUUUUGAUGGGAAUAUGUAAAAGGUAGCAAAUAUGACUUUAACUUAUUCUCUUUGUUUUUGACACUGGAGUCAGACAUCGCUCCAGGCAGGUUUCCAAUUUAUUUUUUUAUGAAUUUAAAGAUUUCAAUAUGCAGUGUACUUUUCAAUUCCAUAUCAAAGUGGCCUCUUGAUACAUGAUCGAAGUAGCCCAGUGCAAAAAAACUGAAAUAUUUAAAGUCAUUUUAUCUCAGAUUCAGCCUUCAUGUCUUAUUAUGUAAAUGGUGUGAGAUGAUUCCACUUGUUCCCAGUGCAGUUUCCUUUAAUGAUUCAGGCAUUUCUCUUUGCGUAAGACUAGUUUAAAGCAGUCGCUGUGAGAUAUUGAAACAUGAUUUUAAAAAGUGGAAACAAGUGAAAUAAUCUCAUGCCUUGGUAAAAAUGACUCAAUUAUAUAUAAAGUCAUGUAUUAAAAUGAAGAUGUGUUUGUAAGACAGUUGGUAAGGGGUCGUACUGUUGACCUGGAUUCAUCUGAUAGCUUGUUUCAUGAGUGGAGCAUGUGGUCCACACUAAAUUCAGAUUCCUAAAACACUUGCCAACAUUUUGAAAGCAGCUGAUUCCAAUGAGAGAAACUGGGGAAUAUUGAAAUGGAUCAACAUGUUAAGAUUGAGGUAUAUGUUUUCUCCCAAAUGCACUUGUGUUUGAAGUAUUUAUUAACCACGCCACUUUGCUUUUGAGUCACUGGGAAAGGGACCAAAAUGCUUGGCCUUGAUAGCUGUUGCAAUAAUCUGGUGAGGAAGGACCAUUUUCCUCCCCAGAGCCAUUAAUGACAUUAUGAAUCAGGCACAAAGUCUAGUUUAAAGUAUUCUAACUCACUGGGAAGAAGUGUCUCUGUCUCUCUGUUUUCUUCCUUUGAACUACUGAUGUAUUUAUUUCGAGACUCCUUCCUGCGUCCUGUGUUGUUGGUCUCCUUGGCUCGAAGCGUCAGGUUUUGUUAGAUCAAAGUGUUUGUUUAUUCCAAGUAGCUAGGAGAGGUUGUGAGCAGAUCAAAGGUUAGCAUAGCAUAAUGUUACGUCUCCGUCUGACCCGAUGGAGAAUGAAUGGGUUGCCCCGAAGUCCUCCAGAUAUUUAUGCUGAAACCUGGAGGUUAGCGGCCACGUCAACCAACACUUGAGCUGUGUCUCAAAUUGUUCACGUAUGAAGAAGAAAGUCAUGCUUGUUGGAUUAUUUACGAACUCAAGACAGCACUACAAAAUGGGGGACAAUGCUAAAUUUGGAAAUUUGUAGUGUACAGUGAAGGAUUUCAGAGUCGUCCCCAGAUAUUUGGUCUUCAGGGAAAUAUGGAGCCAUAUUAGAUUUUUUAAAAAGUGCACGUUUGCUAUUUCGUAACCAGUUGUGGUACUAUUUUAAGCGCUAGCCUGGAAGCUUUUAUAUCCUUCAGUUCCCAGUGAAUAAUCAGAGCCUAUUCAGUUUUUUUGCACUAAACCCAGUCUGAUUAAAGGGGGCGGCAGGCUAAUCAAAUGUCCAUUCAGAUUGUAAUUGUUCUCCGUGGUUACAGUUUUUGUACUGAAUGUUACCGCACAGUCACUGACGUAGAAGCCUUAAGAUUACACUUUUAUAGAACAAAAAUCUUCAAACUGCCAAUAUCAGACAGGAGUUAUGAUCCACACACAUCUGUUGUCUGCCUUAUGUUACUGCUAGCUGUUACAUUUAAACAUGUCUUAGCUGUUUCACUGUUCAUACGAAUGCCAAUGGUGGUUUUUACACACAUAUGAAAUAUUACUUUCUGGAUGAAAUGUUUGAUAAUGUAGUUAAAAAUGUUGUUUAAUGCACAGUUUGGUUGGCUCUGGAGGCGUAGCUUACUCAUCAGUUGCAUUUGUUAUCUUUCCGGUACUCUAUUUUUCAUAAUCAUCGUUCAGAUAUGAGGUCAGGUAUUUAUCAUUAUACUGCGGCUGAUGCUUCUGUUGACAUCCCAUCUGACUGUGAGCACAUGGAGCAGUUUGAUUGGAAGACAGUGGUUUCUGUUAUGUCAAAAAGUCAUUGUUAAAUUCAAUAAUCACUUUCAGGUGAAUGGUGUCGAAUGGUUGAUUAAAGACCAUAAUUAUCUGUGGGUUAUUGAGUAUGAUGAGAAAAUCACUGGUCUUAAGGUCAGAACAUUUCUUACAAAAUCACUAAAUGAAUUUUAUUUAUCUGUGCAAGUUUUGCUUUUUGGACAGGUGCUGAAUAUUUACAAGGCACCAGUGUGUACUGCACAAGAGGUGUUUUUAUGUUCAUAUCUGCUGAAGGGAAGGCCUCGUCUUAUUCACAGAGGAGUCGGAGGAGAGGAUGCAUUAUGAACUGCAUUAUACAAAUGUAUGCUUUCUCUUUCCUUUUGUGCAAAGUUCAAAAGAAUAAAAACAUCAAAGUGA